AAGAAUCAAUUGAUAGCAGCAAAAAGUAAACAGAAGUGAAGAACUAGUGAUGGGGGUUGUGAUAUUUUCAUCCUUGUUGGUUCUCAUAAUUUGUGCAGAAACAAGCUUAGCUCAACUUACUCCUGAUUUCUACAGAAAGACAUGCCCCAAUGUGGAACAGUUGGUUCGUUCUGCUGUGGAGUUGAAGUUUCACCAGACCUUUGUCACUGCCCCUGCUACUCUCAGACUCUUCUUCCAUGAUUGCUUUGUGAGGGGUUGUGAUGGUUCCAUUUUGCUUGCAUCUCCAAAUAACAAGGCAGAGAAAGAUCACCCUGAUGACAUUUCUUUAGCUGGGGAUGGUUUUGACACUGUGGCUAAAGCCAAGGCAGCUGUUGAUAGUGUCCCUCAGUGCAGAAACAGAGUCUCUUGUGCUGAUAUACUUGCUCUGGCUACCAGAGAUGUCAUAAAUUUGGCUGGGGGACCGUUUUAUAGAGUUGAAUUGGGAAGGCGUGAUGGGAGAAUAUCCACUAUUGCCAGUGUUCAACGUCGUCUUCCUCAUCCUCAUUUCAAUUUAGAUCAGCUAAAUUCCAUGUUUGCCUCUAAUGGCCUCACCCAAACUGAUAUGAUUGCCUUAUCAGGUGCACAUACAAUUGGAUUCUCUCAUUGUGGUCACUUCUCAAAACGGAUCUACAAUUUCAGCCCCAGAGAACCAAUUGACCCAACACUAAACUUACAAUAUGCCUUCCAACUUAGAGAGGCAUGCCCUCUGAGAGUGGAUUCUAGAAUUGCCAUAAACAUGGACCCUGUCACACCCCAAAAGUUUGAUAACCAAUACUUCAAGAAUCUUCAGCAAGGAAAGGGUCUAUUCACUUCUGAUCAGGUUCUGGCUACAGAUGAAAGAUCAAAGGGCACAGUCAACUUAUUUGCAUCAAGUCAACUAGCUUUUAACAAUGCUUUUGUUGAAGCUAUCACUAAGAUGGGAAGAAUAGGUGUUAUGACAGGAAGACAAGGGGAAAUAAGGCUUGAUUGUUUCAGGGUGAACUGAGAAAGUGAAAUCAUGGUAUGCUUUGUAGAAAAAUGUUUGUAAGAUGAUUAAGAAAAGUGAGAGUAA